AUGUCUCAACAAUCCAACUCUUCUCCUUCCAAGAACAUGCCUUGUUCUCCUAGCGCUGAACCAAGCAACCCUAACAGAGAAGAUCCUGUUGCUGACUCUGUGAAUACCCCACAUUCAAGAAGACCUAAAGUAACUGUAUCAGGCUUCUCCUCAUCCAUCGUUCUUGAGGAACGAACCAAAGAAGGUUCCAGUGUUGCUGAUCAAGAAAAUACUGAGUCUUUAGGAAAGAAUAUCUCUGAUGAUGUUGAGCAAACUGAUGCCCAUAAGGAGUCAAAUGUUGACAAACCCUUAGAUAAUGUGGCUGGUGAGGAAGUUCAUGUCACUCAUGAUGUCAGUGACAACCCUAACUGUGAGGCUGAAACAGUAGACCUGGAGGAAUUUUCUGAUAAUGAGUUGUUGUCCUCUGUCCUCCCUAGCAUAGCCAAAAGGGUUAGGACUAGGAAAGAAAAGAAAACUGUGGCUCAAAGGUACCCCAGAAAGAAGAUUGAUGUUUCAACCUCUUCCAAGACAACGGUGGCAGUCGAGAGUUCCCUAAAGAGGAAAGUUCAUGGUCCAACCAAAUCUUGGAGCAAAGUGGUGCCCAAGAAAAACAAGACCAAGUGGAAAUAUGUUUAUCAGAAGAGGCUGGCUUUGGAAAGGGAAUUAGCUCAGAAUGUCCUAGACUGUAAGGAUAUUAUGGAUCUUAUUCAAGAGGCUGGUUUAAUGAAGACUGUGACUCAGUUUUCAAAGUGCUAUGAGAUGUUGGUAAAGGAAUUUAUUGUUAAUUUGUCUGAAGAAUGUGCUGAUGGCAAGUCUAAGGAAUUCAGGAAAGUGUAUGUGAGAGGCAAGUGUGUAAAGUUCUCUCCUUCAGUGAUCAACAAGUAUUUGGGAAGGCCUGAUGAAGCUCAACCUGAGCUUUAG